AUGGGGGACGAUACUCUUGUAAAGAACGGAGCUACUGAAAAUGACGCAGUCCAGUUGAAUUCGGAAACAGACAAAGUGCCUUUUUUCAAAAAACGAGUCACCAACAAGAAUCUUCGCAAACGCAAAGCGAAUGCCGUAUUCAAACGUAAAGACAGCGAUGACGACGACGACGACGAUGAAGGCGUCGUGAGUGAAGUCGUUACAAAGGACCGAAAAUCAGCACCUACACCUUUUGUUCAAGCCACUCGACGCACUCGACGAAAGCUGGACGAUGAUCAAGAUUCAUCUUCCAUUGGAGUGCAGUACGCAGCAGAUCGAUCUACGAAAACUCAGGGCAGCGAUGCUACUCGAUAUGCGACGGAAUGGGAACUGGAAUCUGAGGCCAUGCAGAAAAUGGCCAGUGCCAUUGAAGCUGGAAAAGCUGCCAAAGGAGUCCAACCCAAGAGUAAGCCCGCCAAGAACUCAAAAAUGCAAGUGGGGCCUCAGCGAGCACCUGCCAAUAUCCGUGUCACCGCUCGUUUCGAUUAUCAGCCUGAUAUUUGUAAAGACUAUAAAGAAACCGGUUUUUGUGGUUAUGGUGAUUCGUGUAUCUUCUUGCACGAUCGUGGUGAUUAUAAGACUGGCUGGCAACUUGAAAAGGAAUGGGAAGAAGCGCAAAAGACGAAGACAAAGUUUGGAGCAUCGAGUGGGGAUAAAUAUGCCAUCUCUGAUUCCGAUUCCGAUGACGAAGAGUUACCUUUUGCUUGCCUUAUUUGCCGUGAAGAAUUCAACAACCCCGUCGUCACCAAAUGUAACCACUAUUUUUGUGAAAAGUGCGCCAUCGACAAUUACAAGAAAUCGCCCAAAUGUUUUGCAUGUGGAGCGCCUACGGGCGGUACAUUUAAUACCGCGAAGAACAUCUUGGCACGAUUGGCAGCCAAGAAGGCACGACUCGCAGAGAAGAGCAGCGACAACGAAGAUGAAGCAAAUGAUACCGGACCACUGAUCGAAGGAUUAGAAGAAAGAAAUAGUAGUGAUGAUGACGAUAGUGAUUCAUAA